UUUAAACCUACGAAGUGGAGAUCCUCGUCCUCACGGAAAGCAUGAUAUAGGAGCCAACAUUUUUUGUGCUAAGUGCAAACCACGCCAGAAUUUCAUUAUUUCCAUUAACUCCCGAUUCGGCUUAAAUUGGAACACCACCAAUUUUCGUGGGAACCAACAAAACAAAAAAAGGGUCCAAUUUUUUGAAAAUUAUUACCAUCAUUCAUAUUCAUCAACGACCCCUCUUCUGUGCCCACUUCCAAAUCUUCUCCUCUCGCUAUGGGUUGCGGCUCCUCCCUUCCAGAUAGGGGCUCAAGGCAGUUGGGUCGACCCAAUUCAGAGAAUGGUGGAGGGCAGGACGCCAAGAAUCUGAGGGUCAAGCUUGUUCUCUUAGGUGAUUCUGGUGUUGGUAAAAGCUGUAUUGUUCUACGAUUUGUUCGUGGUCAGUUUGAUCCAACAUCUAAGGUAACUGUUGGAGCUUCUUUUUUGUCGCAAACAAUAGCUCUGCAAGACUCUACAACAGUCAAGUUUGAAAUAUGGGAUACUGCUGGUCAAGAGAGGUAUGCUGCGUUAGCACCGCUAUAUUACCGUGGUGCAGCAGUUGCAGUUAUUGUUUAUGAUAUAACAAGCCCAGAAUCUUUCAGCAAAGCACAGUACUGGGUUAAGGAGCUACAAAAACAUGGAAGCCCUGAUAUAGUGAUGGCACUGGUCGGUAAUAAAGCUGAUCUUCUUGAGAAGCGGGAAGUUGCUGUCCAGGAUGGCACUGACUAUGCAGAGAAGAAUGGUAUGUUUUUCAUAGAGACAUCUGCAAAGACAGCAGAUAAUAUAAAUGAACUGUUUGAGGACAUUGUUGACUAUGCUACUAGCAAGCUUCCCAAUGAUGUUCUUGCUGCUUGAAGAUAGUUGUAGCAAACUCAUAUAGACCUAUUGGAGGGGCUAAAGAUGAUCUUGGAAUAGGAAUCCUGUCCCACAAAAAUCCAAGAUUGCAUCUUUUGUAACAAAGGAAAUUGCCAAAAGACUGCCUCGCCCAUCAGUUAGUUGAUGUAGCCAGAUAGCAGUUCAGUAAGGGAAGGGAUCUGCAUUAGCUUUGGAUCCUUCAAAACUAUAUAAUGUAUGGAUUGUGUUUAUGUAUAUUGUGAUUAGAUAAUUUCUAUGGUCUUUUUAUCAACCUGUAAUAAUAAUAUCCUGGAGGUCAUGUCAGAUAGAUGAUACGUAUUAGGCUAUGCUUUGUGAGACCCACAAAUACGAGUCAUGUCUGUUAUGAUUUCAUAUCCCUUGACUUGUCUCUUAUUGAUUGGUAUGCCUAAUUAAGGCUAUAAUAUCAAUGAUGCCAAGUGAGACGCCCAUGCAUUUGGAUUUGGUUGUUACAGACCAUGCUUUGUGAGAACCACUAAUCAAUGCUAAAUUGAACAUAUUUGGAUGUUGGUGGUUUUAUAAAUUUACAUUGCGUCUUACGUGGACU